UCCCCUUUCCCCUACUUGACUCUUCUGCAGUACACAUGUACACUUGCUGUAUUUCGAUCAGUUACGCAUCACGCUGUGUCACUGUGCACUGAGAAUCUGAACAGUCUUGGACUUGAGCUGGAUCCUUCUCUGUGCUGCUGCUGUUCACUGACUUGGAUGAAUUAAAGAACUUCCCGACACUCUAAACUCUUCAGUGGUUCACACUGUCGACGGGAAACCUGCAGGUUCACACACACGUGACCGUGAGAUGCUGUUUAUACUGGCUGUUAAGUGCAGGCUGCUGCUGCUAACUUCUUCUCCUGAUCUUGAGCAGAGCUGAGGAGCAGAGGUCUGGAGCCCAGCUAGUAGAGAAGCAUGCCACGGCAGAGGCUGUCCUGCUGUCAGGUGACCACUCUGUCCACUGCAUGGAGCUGUCACUCAGUCAGAGCUCGGACUAAAUAGAAUCAAAGCUGAAACACGUUUUUUUCCCAUUCUUCUAUAUAUAUAUAUAUAUAUAUAUAUAUAUAUACACUCUUUCCUUAUUCAUAUUUACCCGUAAUUGCAUGAUUUAUUUUUGUUCUUAAUACAUAGGUUACAUAAAUUGUUCUCAUACUUGACAUUUUGAACAUUACAACAACAUGUACAUUAGCAAAUUUAAAUGUCAUAAUUAGAACUCUAGCGUUAUCGAAUGUUAAUUAAAUAAUUAGAUCAUAUUUAUUACAUUGUCUUGUGGUGUUUUAUCCUGUUUUAUCAUGUACUUUUUCAUUGAAAGUGUUUUUUUUUUUUUUUUUUUACAACAAGUGAUAAUAGUCUGAAUAAACCCCUUUAAACUGAUGGGUUAUAGUGGCAUCUUCUAUUUUAAAUAAUGGAAUAUGAAAUAAUGGGAUAGAUAUAUGUUAAGCAAUAUUCCAACAAGUGCUGUAUAAAUCCAAAUCUGACUAUGACUUACACCCUAAAUCAAGCUGUGGCAUAUUUCAACGUGGCGGCAGAGAGAACUGUACACAUACUGUGGCAAGGCUGUCGAGCUGCAACAGCCUUGCUACAGUAUGUGGCUCCAGUGGGAAGUUCCAACUGUAUAGGUCUAUUGGCAGAUGAGCUGACGCCAUCUGGAGACUUGACUGCAACUGAGCGCGGUGUGUUUUGCCCCUGCAGUUUAAUCCGGGUCAGGUUGGACUGGAAAACAGUCGGCGCAUGUAUAUUACUGUUAUUAAGUUAUUCCGUUUGCACCAUCCCUUUAAAAUGUAUCCUUUCUCUUUCCUUCCCAGAUAAAUGCUAAAAAAAUGUCACUAUCAAAGCUACUUGAAUCCCACUUGACCUGACAUCUUUUGAAAAUUGGGCUUUUUACUACAGGUGGAUGUUGCAAAGUGAUGGGAGGUGAGACGGAAACCUCUGGCUGCAGAUUGGCUCCUUCGUAAUUGUCAGUGUUGAUCAUGAGGAGCCGUGUGAAAACCUUCAAACUGUGUCCGUCAAGCCCAGCUCGGAAGAGCAGGCAGCACAGAGCAACGCAGCCGUUCUGGGAUCAGAUAUGCAGGUGAUUCCUGAGUGAGAGGUGAGUCGAGCUUUGUCUUUUCUUUGGAGCUGCUCAUGUGUGAAGCCCUUGUUCAUCAUUUCCACAGUUAUUUAAUUUAGCGGCGAGUCUCAGGUGUAUACUGUCCACAAAUAGCCCGGCCGCACGUCACGCUGUUAGAAUGCCGAGUGUCAGAUGAAUAGAUGGAAGUCGCCGAUCGAGAACUAUGUUGAGGUGAAGGUGGGGAAUCUGGUUCGGCGGGAGGAGUCGGCGUGUAUGUUGGUGGCUUUAUCUGUGUAAAAGAAGAGUUUGAAGGAGCGCUGGAGGAGAGAGAGCCCAGUCUCCACUCCCCCUCCCAGUGAGUCUAAAUCAUGUUGCUUAUCAGUGCUGCGGUGCUGUGAUGUUGCUCAGGCAGAGCCCGGCCAGGAGCAGGCAGCCGCGUGGACCAGCACUCACAGAGCUGGAGACCCUCUCCCCGCCUCGUCUCUCGCCUCCGCCGCGCGGCCCCCUCAUGUACCCCGAGGAGAGCCGGGGGUCCGGAGGGGUGGCCACUGUGGACUUCCUGGAAGGGAGCUACGACUACGGGACUCCGGUGCCCACGCCACUUUACAGCCACUCCACGCCCGGCUACUACGCCGCCCCGCUGGAGACCCAUGGACCCCCCUCAGACGGCAGCCUUCAGUCUCUGGGGAGUGGACCCACCAGUCCCCUGGUUUUUGUGCCCUCCAGCCCCCGACUCAGCCCCUUCAUGCAGCCGCCCGCUCACCACUAUCUGGAGAGCACUUCGACGCCCAUCUAUAGGUCCAGCGUGGGGCCGGGUCAGCAGCAGCAGCAGCAGGUCCGAGAGGACCACUGCGUCAGCAGCGUGGUGGAGGGCGAGGCCGGGGGGCCCGUCUUCGACAUGGCUAAAGAGACGUACUUCUGCGCGGUGUGCAGUGACUACGCCUCCGGCUACCACUACGGGGUGUGGUCCUGCGAGGGCUGCAAGGCUUUCUUCAAGAGGAGCAUCCAGGGUCACAAUGACUACAUGUGCCCCGCUACCAAUCAGUGCACUAUUGACCGGAAUCGGAGGAAGAGUUGCCAGGCCUGCCGUCUCAGGAAGUGCUACGAAGUUGGGAUGAUGAAAGGAGGUGUUCGCAAAGACCGAGGGCGUGUUCUCCGGCGAGACAAGCGUCGGACCAGCACCAGCAACAAGUCCAUGAAGGAGCUGCAGCAGCGAGCGGCUCACUCCCAGGAGGGGAGGCGGUACAGCAGCAGCGUGGGAGGGGGAGGAGGCAGAGCGUCACUGGGUGACAUCUCUCCUGAACAGGUUCUUCUCCUGCUGCAGGGAGCCGAGCCGCCCAUCCUGUGUUCCCGACAGAAGCUGAGCCGGCCGUACACGGAGGUCAGCAUGAUGACACUGCUGACCAGCAUGGCUGACAAGGAGCUGGUGCACAUGAUCGCCUGGGCCAAGAAGCUGCCAGGCUUCCUCCAGCUGUCGCUCCACGACCAGGUGCAGCUGCUGGAGAGCUCCUGGCUGGAGGUCCUGAUGAUCGGCCUCAUCUGGAGGUCCAUCCACUGCCCCGGCAAACUCAUCUUCGCUCAGGACCUCAUCCUGGACAGGAGCGAGGGCGACUGCGUGGAGGGGAUGGCCGAGAUCUUCGACAUGCUGCUCGCCACCGCGUCCCGCUUCCGAUUGCUGAAGCUCAAGCCUGAAGAGUUUGUGUGCCUCAAAGCCAUCAUCCUGCUCAACUCCGGAGCCUUCGCCUUCUGCACCGGCACCAUGGAGCCGCUGCACGACAGCACGGCCGUGCAGAACAUGCUGGACACCAUCACCGACGCGCUCAUCCAUCACAUCAACCAAUCCGGGUGCUCGGUCCAGCAGCAGGCCAGACGACAGGCGCAGCUGCUUCUCCUCCUGUCUCACAUCCGACACAUGAGCAACAAGGGCAUGGAGCACCUCUACAGCAUGAAGUGCAAGAACAAAGUUCCUCUCUACGACCUUCUGCUGGAGAUGCUGGACGCGCACCACCUUCACCGGCCGGUCAGACCCACCCCUCCGUGGUGCGACAGAGACCCCGCCUCCUCCGCCGCCUCUCACCGCACCAGCACCAGCAGCAGCAGCAGCAGCAGCAGCGCAGGUGGGGUCUGCGCUGCCAGUCCAGAGGGCCACGAGAGCCCCAGCCCCACCCCACCCGGGCCAGGAGUCCUGCAGUUCGGGGGCCCUCGCUCUGACUGCACCCACAUCCUCUGAGCUGGAAUGUGAACAGCCUUAACUGAGGUCAGCACUGUACAUACAUGGGCAUCGUCUGAUAAUUAUUCCCAAAUUUUUGCACUGAAACAAUCGCGGUUGAAAUGCAGCUCAACUUCUAAUCCGGCCGGUGAUGUGUGUUUGCCACAAUAUAUUCCGCUCUUCACAUGAACUCGCGUCAGGUCUCAGUCCAGUUGUCACAUCUCCACCAGAAGACGUUGUUCACGGUCAUUCCACGGCUGGUAAUUUCAAUGUGAAUCAUCGUAGUGUUAACUUGGCCUUCGACGUGAUGACUACUUUCUCUUUUAUCCUGUUUCGACCAAAGUGCACUUCCUGUUGGAUGUAAGGGCCUUUCGGGCAUUAUUUUUAAAACGACACUUAACUGAGGAUUUGAGGAUCCCACGAGUGAAUGUAUCGUGUCUUAUGUGCCUCUUCAACAAAAGUGAAUUACAGCAUUAAAGGUACCUUGAGCAAACGCUUUCUGUCGACCAACCGCGUUUACUCGAGCAGGAAGUCAGCAAGGAGUUUCUCACCCCCUCCACACUCUCCUCUUCCUCCUCCUCCCAUUCACGCACGUAUACAGUCUCCAAUAGUCUUUCCUUCCUCCUCUCUCCAGCUCCUCCUUACUCUAUUUUAAUCUUUGUACUGACUCAAACUUCCUCAAAUUGACUUAUUUUCCAUGAAUAUUUCCACAUACUUUGAUUCGGUGACUACAGUUCGGCAGCAGCGGUUGCUAACGUCAUUAGCUGGGAUUUUUUAAUGGGUUUUAAACUUGAAAAAUGGUCUAUUCUUUUUAUUUCAAGUGUUCGAAAUGCAACAAGGAUUACGAUAACGUUCGGCAUAAAUGAAAUUGAUGAAAGCAUCUCAGGACAAUACUGCUUGUGUUACUAUAGCUUCGUUUUCAACUUUGAAGCAACGUUAUAUUACGCAUUUAUGAUGAAAAAUAUAAUUUAAAAUAUAAUAAUUUGUAUUUGUGAGCAAAAUUCUUUCAUGCAAAAUGAUCCUAAAAUCUGUCAUUUUAACCACAAAA